CGCGUCUGACAGUCACAGCAGGGACACUGAAGGACUAUUGUGGACGAAAUCAAAAUGAAAAGGAAUCAAGAUUUUAGCUCCUCGGACAGCGAGCUGGAUGAGACUAUUGAGGUGGAGAAGGAGAGCACAGAUGAGAAUGGGAAUAUGAGCUCUCCUCUGGGCUCCAUGUCCCCCACAACAUCAACUCAGGUGCAGGCGAGGAAAAGGCGUCGAGGAAUUAUUGAGAAGCGGCGUCGGGACAGAAUCAACAACAGCCUGAGUGAGCUCCGCAGGCUGGUUCCCAGCGCCUUUGAGAAACAGGGUUCAGCCAAACUGGAGAAAGCAGAGAUUUUGCAGAUGACUGUCGACCAUCUGAAGAUGCUUCAUGCUGCUGGGGGCAAAGGUUAUUUUGACGCCCAUGCCCUGGCAAUGGACUACCGUGGUUUGGGUUUCAGGGAGUGCCUGGCUGAGACAGCCCGCUAUCUGAGUAUAAUCGAAGGCUUGGACAGCACAGACCCUCUGCGGAUCCGUCUGGUCUCACACCUCAACAACUACGCCAGUCAAAGAGAGGCCCACUCCGGCCUGAAUCACCUGGCAUGGGGCUCUGCCUUUGGAUCCCCUCCUGCCCACCUGACCCACCCUCUCCUCCUCCAGCAUCAACAGGGGGCAGCUUUGGCUCCUUUACCCCGCAGUGCCACCAGCAGCCCACAAACUCCUCUGUCAUCCACCUCGACUUCAUCCUCCUCUUCCUCCUCCUCUUCUUCAUCAUCCACAUCAGUUGCAGAGACUCACAUUCCGGGCAGGCGUAGCGGCAGCGCCACCCCCCACUCAGAUCAAGGCCCGAUCCGGGUUCCCCCCACCUCCGCCACUCCUACCACCGUCCUUCACCAUGCCUUGGUCCCCUCAUCAGCGUCCAAGCUCUCCCCUCCGCUCCUCUCCUCCCUCUCGGCAUUCCCUUUCCCCUUCAGCGCCUUCCCCAUCAUCUCCCCCACCGCUACUGUCAGCCCCCCUGUACCGACAUCCAGUGUGGGCAAACCCUACAGACCCUGGGGUAUGGAAAUAGGAGCCUUCUGACUGAAGUGAAAACCUCAAAUGCAAUCCACAUAUAGACUCUUAACACAGCUGAGCUGGACUUUCAAGGACAAGACUUUUUAAUAUCCUUGCUAAGAAAGUACUAUUUUUUCUAUGAUGUUGACCUCCCACAGAGGAUAUACCUAUACCUAUAGCUAUAGGAUUUUUUUUAUUUUCUUGCUAAUGUAUUGUGUUUUGCAUAGAAGAAAAAAACAGUGAGGAGGGAGACCACGACUAAAAAACAGCAAGGGUGAUUUAUUGUGUUGAUUGAUCUGUGUUCCUGCCCACCCCUUUAGAAGUCUCACCCACUGUUGUCAGCCUAUCAGGAAUGGCUUUUCCAGAUGGUCAAGCAGUCGCUUGUCAAGUUCCUUGGCGAAACUGCCCCCCCCACCCCCCACACC